AUGGAAGGCCUCCAGCAUCAGCAGUGCAGCAUUCUGGAGAGGCAGCUAGUUCAGACGCUGCUGGCUGAGGUGUGGCCGCGUCUGAGCUGGUCCGCGCAGUCCAACAAGGUGCUGGUCAUUGGUUGUGCCACUGGAGAGACCAUGUGUCUCGACCUGUUGCCGCGACUGCCGCACGAUGUUUUCAUCGUCGCAGGCGACGGGAGACCCGAGAUGGUUGCUGAGUGCGUAGCAAGAUUUCCUUUCCCUAACGUGGGCUUCAUUACCGUGAACUUUGGGGCUCCUGACAUCCAAGCGACUGAGGCAUGGAACCUGGUACCGUACACGAAGAUCUUCAGCUUCUUCUACUUGCAGUCGAUACGGGAUCAGAACCAGCUGAUGCACAACAUCUACAAGCUCCUGGACCGCGGCGGAGAAGCGUUUAUCGUGAUGCCCAUCUACACGGCUGUGGAGUCCCUGUAUCAGGCUCUGUCAAGGGCGGGUUAUUGGACUCUGUAUGUGCAGGAUUUUAGGCACUUCGUGACGCCGUAUCAGUUGUUAGAUGAUCCUGCAGACGUACUGAGAGGUUUUCUGGUGGACGCCGGGCUCCAGAUCAUAAAUGUUGAGUGCAGAGAAGUCAACUUUAACUCUCAGGACAUAAACGUCAUAAGAGAGGGAGUGAGAGCUACAAACCUUUUCCACAGUAGGCUACCACCUGAAUUUCAGUCAGGCUACUGGGAGGACUGCAUAGCCGAGGUACGCACCAGUGGUAAGCUAAUUUCGUUCCCUCCCCAUGAUCUGAUGUACUACUACAGAUACAACGCGCUCAUCGCCCACGUAAUGAAACCGUGA